AUGAAUUUAAAAAUACCUUAUAAUAAGGUGACAUUGAUUUCACUUCUUGUGAUUGUUUUCUAUGGGUACCAAGUAAAAACAAUAAACUGUGCACCUAACAAUUCCAAAGGUGGAGCAAAAAAAAGUUCACAAAGCACAGGAAAUACUGCUAAUGAAAGGUACACAGCAAGUCUCUAUGAAAAUUUGGUACCCAGACACCCUCAAACUUCAACAUCUUUACUAUAUGGAAGAAUGAAAGUAAAAAAUUGGCUUUAUGUGAAAAGGCGAAAUAAACAGGUGGGGGCUUUAAGAUAUGGAUUAAAUAAUGAUGAUAUGCAUGUGACAAUUCAGAUGUAUGUUAACAACUUGAAAACUCACAUUCCAGUUCAAAAGAGUUAUUUGCAUGAACGACGAGGUAGGGCAAGAAAGUUUAAAAGAAAAUAUAUUUAUUGGGUAUGGAGGCGUUGGAGAUAUUUACUUUCAGCAAAAGAGAGAAUGCCAAUAUUAGUUGGAGAUAAAGAUUUGCCACAAAUGCCAGUAGAUCCAUUGGAGAGAGUGUAUAGCUAUGCAGUAAAUAUUAUAGAAAUUCCAAGUGCAUUUUAUUUGGAACAAGUACACUGUAUGUAUACUGGUAUAAAGCCAUUUAUUAAUGGUAUUUUGGCAAGCUAUUCUUUGCAAGAUCUUAUUGGAGCAUCUCUUUAUUCAGUAGGCUCCGAUGUAUUAUUUAAGGAUUAUUUAUGUAUACAAGCAAUAAAUUUAUGGAGUGAUGAUCAGAUUGUACCAAAUGCUAAUGCAAUUUGUGCAAGAGCUAAGAAAUGCUUAGAUAAUAAUGAAGUUAAUGAUAGGAAGAAUAAACAGUUAUUUUCUGAAUAUUCAAAUAAGAUAUCUAGUAUUUAUUCAAAUAAAAGAUUUAUUGGGGCAGUUUCUGGGCAUACUUUUGCAUCAGAAACUUUCUUUAGAAUGACUCAAAAAUUCCAUGAAUUAGAGGCACACAAACGUCCUGACUAUAUUGAAAAACUUUUUGUACUUGUUAGAUCAAUAAGAUUUAUGAUUUAUGCGAAUGAAUUAUUAAUUCGCUCAGGAGUUAAAAAAAAAGCAGUUUUUAAAGUUGACAGGGUUUCAGAUGUUAUUCAAUAUUCAGUAUUUAGAGUUGAACCAGUUUCCAUGAUAAGGUACUGUGUUGCUCAUUCUAUAACUGCAAGAUAUAAAUUCAGAAGGAGUAUGGGUGUUGCUGUUAUUGAGGAAGCUUGUGCUCACAGCUUAAGCUUUGGAUUCAUUGAUGACACCAAUAAAUUGCCUCCUGGAAUAACUAAAUCAAAGGCCAGGGAAAAUAUUUAUCAGCACUUUUCAAAUUUGGAAGAGGAAGAAGAACGUUCUGAUAAUUUUGUUCUAAUCCAAUCUUAUGACCAAAACAUUUCUAUUGAUGAUAAAGGUAAUAUUAACGCUAAUAUUAAAAAGAAGACAGAAACUGAAGAUUUACAAGAAGCAGAUGAGGAUAAUAAUGAGGAGCUUGAAGAUGAAGAAAACUGGAAUAAUCUCAUUAAUCAAUAUAUUGAGUAG